GCCGUGGCGAUCACCAUCCACCACAACGAAAGCAACAGCCAGCGAUCGGGACAGCAGCUAGCAAAGCUCACUCACUCGCUAGCUCUACCAACUAGCCGCCAUCACACCUAGCUAGUGACCCGAUCGACGAUCGGCAUGGCCAAGUCGGCGUCUCGGCUGAUCCUCGCGGUCCUAGUGGCCGCGGCGUGCUUCGCCCAGCUGGGCUCGGCGGCGCGAGGUGUCCCGGCGGAGAAGCCUGUGGCCGCGGCGGCGGACACGGUGAAGCGGCCGGAGACGUUCCAGGAGGGGACGGUGCUGAUCCCGGGGAUCGGGCGGUACGAGCUGGGCACCCACUACAGGCCGGACCUCGGCGGGCUGGACCACAGCAUCCCGGCCGCCGCCAACGGGCAGUUCCUCCCCGGUGCCGACGACACCUGGGUGCCCAACCCCGGCUUCGAGGUGCCCAACCCCUUCCGCCCCGGUUCCGAGUCUCCAUGAUCGAGCCGGCCAUCCAUCGAUCGGUAGCUAGCUAGCUAGCUAGCCUGCUGUAAAUCAUUUUCCUCUUAAUUAGCGUGUGUUUGCUACAAUAAAAUAGCUGCUACAUGGCCAUGCAUGUCGCAUGCAUUGUAUCUGCGACUGCGUGCGCCGACGGCGUUUUGGUGUUUGAUUGAGUGAGUGUGUGUGUGUUUAUGGAGUAUGGGUGGAUGCAUAUGUAGGAAGCAUCCAUCACAUACGUAUCUCGCUUGGUUUGUUGAUGCUAGCAUUGUGCUUUUCAGUCCCCUUGUAAGUUGAUGAAUUAUGAAUUGAGCUUUGCCAUCGCCA